AUGAGUAACAUUGCAACAGUUCUUGAGACUCAAAGGGCUAUUGAGGAGACACUCAUGCAGAGAACGACUGACUUUGAGGCCCAUCUGAAAGUUUCUUGUGCAUCAUCCUCAUCAGCUGUUGACAUGAAGGCACUGAGCACAGACUAUUGUCACUUCAAGAGCUUGGUGGGUGGUAUAUUGGCAUUGCUUCGGCAGCAGAUCGAUAGUCUGGUUCGUAAUGUUGACAUCAUAGAAACUAGACACCGCAAUAAGGCACUUCUUGUUGGUGGGGUUGAGGAGAAGGAAGGUGAAGAUUUGCUGGCAGCUGUGUCUGAUGUGUGCAAUAAUAAGCUAGGUCUUAAUAACAUCUCCAGGUCUAGUUUUACAGUCUGUCAUAGACUUGGUGCAAAUACACAAGACCGACCACGACCUAUUCUAAUGCGUUUUGCAGAGCUUUCCACGAAAUCAGAUGUUUGGACAAACAAGACUAAGUUAAAAGGCUCAUCCAUUGUUCUAUCUGAGUUCUUAACCCGUCGCCACCAGGACGUGUUUGUUGCGGCACGUAAUCAUUUUGGUAUCCGUAGUGUGUGGACAAAAGACGGCAAUAUCAUUGUCAAACUCCCAAACGGCAAACUAUGCCGUGUUAGGGAUGGGCAGGAAUUCGCCAAGGUCAUAGAACUAAACCCAAUAACACCGGCAGAGGUACGGCACGCAUCGGGCUCUAAACCAGCUGCAGAAUCGAUAGCCAUCAAGUCAUCCAGUGCCAGAACGAAGCGUUUGGUGAAAAAGUGA